AUGGCUCGAGGAGUCUGCUUGGCCCUUGCUGCAAUGGGCAUGUCGCUCAUGACAAGCUGUGCAGCCCAUGCGCACCAUGAGCAUGAGCAAACCGAAUCCCCAAUCUCGCGCAUCAACAUUGGCCCCAACUACGACUUCCCUCUGGAAGACCUGGACAAAGACCUGCCCUUCUCGCAGCCCGUGACGUUCGCCCACCUGCCGUGGCAGCGAUGCUUCUCCGCGGCGCACAGAUCGGACAUGGACAUCGCGAUCGUCGGGUUCCCCUACGACACGUCGACCUCCUACCGGCCCGGAGCGCGGUUCGGCCCACGAGGGAUCCGAGCAGCCAGUUCGCGCGAGAAGAAAGGCCGCAGCUACAACACAGUGUGGGGGGUUGAUCCGUUGACCGAGGGCAACCUCAACAUCGUCGACUGCGGCGACAUCCCGAUCACGCCGUUCGACGCGCAACACGCCUUCCGGCAGAUGGAACAAGGGUACCGGCAGAUCCUGUGGCACAACACGACGACGGCGGCCGGCUCGAACUGGCCGCGGCCGCGCGUGCUCAGUCUCGGCGGCGACCACAGCAUCGUGCUGCCCAUCCUGCGCAGUCUGAAGGAGGUCUACGGGCCGAUCAGCGUGAUCCAUCUCGACUCGCAUCUCGACACGUGGGACCCGUACGCCGGGUACACGGGGAUCGUGUCGGAACAGAGCGCCAUCACGCACGGCACUUUCUUCUGGCACGCCGCGCGCGAGGGCUGCAUCUCCAAGGGCACCUCCGUGCAUGGCGGCCUGCGCACCAAACUGUUCAGUCCCCAGGACUACGUGAUCGACCGGGACGUCGUGGGCUUUCAUCUCAUCGAGGCCCACGAGAUCGACGAGCCCGGCAUGGGUGGCAUGCCGGGCAUCAUUGAGCGCGUCAGAAAGACCGUGGGACACACGCCGGUCUAUUUGUCCAUCGAUAUCGACGUGCUGGAUCCCAGUAUCGCUCCCGCGACGGGGACCCCGGAGUCCGGCGGCUGGACCACGCGCGAGGUCAAGCGCUUCAUCAAGGGCCUCGAGGGUGUCCGUCUGGUCGGCGCCGAUGUCGUCGAGGUGAGUCCGCCGUACGAUACGGCCGCCGAGGUCACCAGUGUUGCUGCCAGUGAUUUGCUGGUCGACAUUCUGGCCCUGAUGGUCAAGGAUUCGGUGGGAAUGACUAAAUGGAAGGACGGUCCGUCGAAGACUGGAGACGAGGUCAAGGAUGAAUUGUAG